AAAACGCUCACGCACUAAAAUUGAGCACGUGCUGUAAAUGUGUUUCAUUUAAUUUCGCUUGUAAGUUGCAAAUUGAAAAGAAGGUUUUGGCUUCUGAUAAUUCCGCAUCCCCAAAAUCAACGACAACUACGAACAAAGUGAUCGGCUUAGUGAUUCAAUAAACUUAUUGGCGACAACUUUUCUAUUCCCGAAAAUAACACAAACGGCGUGCUUUGAAUGAUCAACUAAAAAGCGUCGAAUCGAAGAAUUGGCAUAAUGGAACAAGAGCGCAAAGUAAAGGAGACGCUGGAAGAGCCGGAACUGUCGUUGGACAUUUUUUUCGAAGAUGAACCAAAGGAGGAGCAGUUGGAAAUGCUCUUGGGAGGUCACUUACAAGAGGAUUUGCAAGCGCUGGAGCCGCAGGAUGUUGUGAACCUUCCAGCUUCAAACGAUAGCGAUGGCGACAGCGAUUCCAUGCACACAGAUGGCACGAUUUAUGCGACUUCUAAUUCGUUCAGCGACGAAAUCUUUUUGUUAGGUGAUAAUUGGGCAGUCAUGUCGCAGAGCGUGCCACGUUACAGCUUUAAGUGCCAGCAAUUGAUCGAAUGCCCGUCCAAAGCCAAUAUUUUUAGUGCCAGAAUGCAAGGCCGUCUUCAUCUGGUGGCACGUAACUUCAAUUUGCUUACGGUUGUCAGCUAUCCUCGUUUCGAUGUCAAUCGGGUAUCGUACCGGCAUCAUCAGGUUUGGAGCUACACUCCAGCAACAAAUCGCUGGAAACUGGAUGAGGGUUUCAAGCACAAUAUGCUCGCGCUCCAACACAUGAGGAUAAACGCAUUUCUGAACACCGGCGGAAAUGAGCUAGUGAUCUACUUUGCCGACGAUGUAUAUCCAAUGAUCGAACAUGGCUUUGUGGUGCACUCUAUCGAUGGCACAAAUGCGAUUUUCCGGGCCGACAAAGGCGUUCUGCCGAGGGCAGAUUAUGGUGCAGCAUAUGUGUCGCAUCAGCAUUUUAUGUACGUGAUUGGUGGCGUAUUGAACUUAAUCCCCGUAUGCGAUGUGCAUCGCUACGAUUUCCACAAGAGGCUGUGGCAGGUGCAGAACAAUCGCUUCGACUUUCCCAAGGGACGCUUUGGCCACCAAGUGAUCACCGAUGGCAAGUUCAUCUAUUGUCUAGGCGGCGGCGACAUUGAUAUGCAAUUUCACGACUUCAAGCACAUUCUCAGCUUCAAUCUGACCACCCACACUUGGCUUGAGCAUCACACCCAGCCCGAUGACCGCAUGCUAGCGGAGAACGAAGGCUAUCCGAGGGCACGUCAGGAGUUUGCAUGUGUGCAGCGACGUUGCUCCAACGGCGACAUUGAAGCCAUCAUCUGUGGUGGCCUGGGGUCGCUAUUCCUUGGCUAUGUUUCCGACAUAAGUCUUUCCGACAUAUGGAAGCUCAAUCUGUGCACCAUGAAGUGGACGCAUCUUCUCACCGCCCGUACACCGUUACCCGCAUACAUCUCACCGACCGCCCUGAUGAGGAACGCUUGCUUGUUCGUCAUCGGUGAUGUUGAGAAGGGUCUUAGUGUGAGGGGACUCUACAAGAUGUGGCUGACGGUGCCGAAGCUAAGUGAAUUGGCCUGGGAAGCAUACAGCUACUAUAACGACCUCAAGUGUCGCGAUCGCCAAGAGUUGAUCACUUUGGGCAUUCCAUCGAGAUUUGUUGAACGCCUGCCUCCUGUCGAACCGAGUCCCUAGGAUGUUCUUGCUUUUUAAUUCUAAAAUUAUGUCAUUGCAGCGUCCUUGUAGUUAGAUGAUCGCAGAACAUAACCAGAGAUUGCAAAGCGAUCAUGCUCAAGAAUUUAACACUUUUAUGUUAAUCUAUAUAACUUGCAAUCAAACAGCAUUCAAUGCUCAAAUAUAUUUGUUGGAACUAACCAC